AGUAGUGGAGGAAUGCAUGAAGGGUCUGUGCAGUUGUAUACUUCAUUGUUCUGAUGCCCGUUUUCAUGGACCUGCAGAUGAAUUGGGACAUUUCGCAAGAGUUCGGGGACUCAGUCGUCGACAUUGUGUGUAUUCAUAUUUUUUAAAUCGUCGUGUUUAAGCACCGAUAACCUGUCGUUACUUUCGGCGGUUUGGUUCUUGACUUGUAAACAGAUGCACGAGAGAUUAAACCAACACCGUCCCAACUGUCACAGCUGCCACUGCCAUCAUGCCCGGUGAGGAUAAACCGCCACAGCAGACCCGUCAGAGGAAAAAGAACAAAAAGUCCCGCUCCAAAGGGAAGAGCCCUGGCGGCAGUCCUGGUGCCCGCCUGGGAGGCACCUUAGACGGACAGGAUGACCUCAUCUUACCCCCGGUCCCCCAGCCUCCUCCUAAAAAGCAGACAGAGGAGAGGCCGAAAGUGUCGGUGGCCAAGGUGGAGGAGGAGUCGUCCAUAGCUAUCUGCCUUCAGGUGCUUUUUCCCUACCUGCUGGCUGGGAUGGGCAUGGUGAUGGCCGGCAUGGUGCUGGACAGCGUACAGCACUGGGAGGUGUUUAAGGUGAUAACAGAGGUUUUCAUCCUGGUGCCUGCGCUGGUUGGACUCAAAGGAAACCUGGAGAUGACCCUGGCUGCUCGCCUCUCCACUGCUGCCAACACAGGCCAAAUGGAUGACCCUGAUAAACAAUGGACCAUGGUGUGCAGCAAUCUGGCACUAAUACAGGUUCAGGCCACAGUGGUAGGCUUCCUCGCAGCGGUGGCAGCCAUAUGUUUAGGGGCAAUUUCCAGAGGAGGUGUUGAACUGGAUCAGGCAGCUGUUUUGUGUGCCAGCAGCAUCACCACUGCCUUUGUAGCUGCUCUCUCUUUAGGCCUGGUGAUGAUCGGAGUGAUCAUCGGCUCCAGGAAGGUGGGGAUCAACCCUGACAACGUGGCCACCCCUAUUGCUGCCAGUCUGGGGGAUUUGAUCACCCUGUCCCUGCUGGCCGGGGUCAGCAGCACACUCUAUGAAUAUAUAGAUAUAUGGUACCUGUCCCCCCUGGUGUGUCUGGUCUUCUUGGCUCUGAUCCCACUGUGGGUGGUGGUGGCUCGACAGAGCCCUCAGAUCAGGGAGGUUCUCCGCUCAGGGUGGCAGCCUGUUAUAGUUGCCAUGUCAAUUAGCAGUUUUGGAGGCCUUAUACUGGACAAGACAGUGAGUGAUCCCAACUUCGAGGGCAUGGCUGUCUUUACACCUGUAAUUAACGGAGUGGGCGGUAACUUGGUGGCCAUCCAGGCCAGUAGGAUCUCGACCUACCUGCACUUUUGGAGCAUCCCAGGGGUGCUGCCCUAUAAGAUGAGGCAACAUUGGCCAAAUCCCUGCAUCACCUUCUUCUCCUCAGGGGUGAACUCCAAGUCAGCACGCGUGCUGCUGAUGCUGGUAAUCCCCGGUCACCUGGUCUUCCUCUACGCCAUCUCUCUGCUGCAGGGAGAGGAGGCGCCUAUCACUAUAUCCUUCACUAUCUGUUACCUGUGUGCUGCGCUGCUGCAGGUGACCAUCCUCCUUUAUGUUGCUGACCUCAUCGUCCGUUUGAUGUGGAGAAGGAGUCUGGACCCUGACAACUUCUCCAUCCCCUACCUGACUGCCCUGGGGGACCUGCUGGGCACCGGCUUUCUGGCCCUGUGCUUCCGCUGCGUCUCACUGGUUCAGAGCCUGGCUCUAUGAAUCUUUCCCUCCUCACCCUGAACCCUCAGCCAGCCACUGUCUUGUUGCACCACUCUUGUUUGCACAGAGAUGCUUUUGAUUGGACAAUAAAGCAUUUUCUGAUCUUUAUCACUGGGCCAGUUCGUACCAAGGAAUUUGUCUCUGUCACAAAUUCAAACCUUUACGCUGGUGGAGAGACGGCACAUGUGACAUCCACCCAUUUACACCCAUCCAUCUGGGUGUAGAGUUUGCUGCCUGAACAUGUCCAGCCCUCAGCUUCAGUCUAAUUCUUUUAUUUGAGUGCGAGACACUUUUAAGUAUUUAAAAGUUUUAGUCCUCUGUCCUUCAGAACAUGUGCUGCAGAACACUGAACUUUAGUUUAAAAUCAUUCCUCUUUAUCUGUCUGUCGUUCAAUUUCCCUGCUCUAACUAGAUUUGGAUUUGGUGUCUCUGUGCUCCCCUGGUUUCUUUGGAUUUAUCAGAGGAAAAUGUAGCAACUUUAGAUCGUAGCUGCAGGACAUCAGACAGCAUAUCAACUGUGUGGGCCACCAGAAAUGUUUUUCAGCGGCCUUUACUGUGAACAUUUGGUGUGUUUGUGGAAAUUAGUUUGAGCGUGGUAGAACAGACUUAAAGCAGUCCACCUGUGGACAGGCUGUACUAUGCAUUAAGGUCAAGAGGUUGUGGAGGUUGAUUGGAAUUUUAGGUUUAACUGGAAUUUUCAUGGACAUGCUGUAUGUCCAGAAUGAGUUUGAAACCAUCAUUGUUUUCAUGCACGUCAGGUUAAAUACCUGUAACACACAGAGGGACAUUUCAGCAUCACUUGAAAAAAAAAACUGAAUCUCCAUUAUUAUCCACAUAAUGUUCUUUAUCAGAGCCUGAUAACCAAAAAACCCAAUUUUCCUAAUGUUUGCUCUUGAUUAAUUUUUCUUUUUUUUUAUGAGAUACUGACAGACAGAUGGCGUGUGGUCUUUUCAUGGCCAACACCAAAUGGUAAUGGCUGCUCAGUGGAAACAGUUUGUACAAGUCAUGAACAAAGGAAUCUUUCCUUGCGGUGUCAUGAUGCAGAGAACAGUGCACGGCACAGCUCCACCUCAGUCAUGUCAUGCAGAUGGUGGCUGAUGUGCAGGAGAUGCAGAUUAAUCUUUAUCUGACAACUGUAAUGGGAGAGAUCAUGUUUAGUCGCUCUGUUUAUCGGAGAACCAUCACAUAAUGUUUGUUGUGAAAGGAGCUGAGGAGCCAAACAAAAGUGGCCAUGAAGACAGAUUUUAGGAGGGGUGGGGGUAAACACCAGCAAGCUUUUGACAUCUACAAAUAACGUGUUUAUGUUCUGCACUCCCUACUCUGUGUCUGUGAUGGAAUCUAGUGGCGUAAAAUCAAAAUCCAAGUAUACUUUCUUGCUGAGAGUUAGAUGAGGAGAUUGAUGCCACCCUUGUGUCUGUACGCUGAAUAUGGAGCUACAGACAGCAGACAGCGAAUGUCUCUUAGCUCAAAGACUAGAAAUGGGGGAAACAUCUAACCUGGCUUUGUCCAAAGGCAACAAAAUCUCCCACUAACAGCAAACUAUUGUUUUGGCCAGGAACUUUGUUUUUUUGUAUGGAUCAAACAAAAUGAGAUACAGCUUCAGAGGUGUUUCACAAUGCCAGGCUGGCUGUUUCCUCCAGGCUGAAUGUACACUGGUGUCAGUCUUUCUCAUCUAAAUCCUGACAAGAAAGCAAAUAUUCAUGUUUCCAUGUCAGACUUUUCCUUUAAGGUCUGUGCGUUGUAAAAACUAUUUGGUAAAGCUACAGUUAUAGUCCUGUGCACAAAUUCCUCUAACUCCCUGACAGCUGCUCCUUCUUCCACCAUGGAGAAGUCAGUUUCACAGCAAGUCACUUAAAAACGAAACAAUUGCAAGCAAGAGAAGGACCUAUGUAUGUCCAGUGAAAAUAUCACAUUUAUUACUUAAAGCCCCCAUGAUCCCUCACUAAACUGCCUCCAUAAUAAUAAUAAUAAUAAUAAUAAUAAUAAUAAUAAUAAUUAUUAUUAUUAUUAUUAUUAUUAUUAUUAUUAUUAUUAUUAUUAUUAUUAUUAUUAUAGGUGUAAUAUGCAAAUGAUGUAUUGCUUUUUGUUACAUAUACAGUAGGAAUACACAGUGCCCUUAAUCAGGCACAUGGAAAUAAUCCAGUAAUAAUUAUAAGCAAUGAGACUUUUUCAGAUUCUAAAUCAUAAGCUGUUUAAAGACCCAAACACUUCUGAUUCCCUGAAAUAUGUGUCCACACUUCUCUCUAUAUGUAUAGCAGUCUCAGUAUUUAAAAAAUAUUUUGCAGUAUUUUAUUUAUUGUUAAUUUUGUGUGGCCCCUCAAAGAACAAACAAACAAAAAAAAACCAACCAAAAAAAAACAAACAGCAGUGAACAGAUGCAGAUGACUUUUACAACUAUUUGUUUUC